CUGCUUACCGCCGCCAUGAAUAUAUGUAAAAUCCUCAAUCCAUUUUUACCAAGAAAUCAUCGGAGAGCUGCUUAAACCCUCCAUUGCUUUGCUCCCCAGUCCCACUACCUUCCUUCUCCCACAAAGUCUCAGUCUUUGAAUCUUAUCCGUCUCGGAAUAGAACCUCUUCCUUCUCUGCCGUCUUCUCUCUCUUGGUUGGUCUCCGUCAGUCCCUCUGCUUCAGGUGAGCUCGCUCUCAUCCCUUCCCUCUGCCAAGUUUCUCCCUUUUCCACUCCAUUGAUACUCGCCUCAUGUUUUUCUUUUCUGGGUAAUGAUUUUUCUGCAAUGGAACCGAUGAAAGAAAGUUAUGAUUUCUGAAAGCUGCUAGUACUGCUUUAGCUCAAAAACUGGCCUCUGUGCUUCUCUUUUAAUUUUGUGGAGGAAAAACCAGUAGGGUUCUAAUUUUGAUCCAGAGGUUCCAUCCAUGUGUGUGUUGCGUUGCAGGAUUCAAAUGCGGUAAGAAAAGCUGUGGACUUGGUUUCUUGCUGCAAUGCCGGCUUUAACUUCAACAACCAGGUUGCUUGUUAUAGCUGGAAACUCAUUGCCUUCACAGCAAUUGACGUUACUUCCCGUUACUGUAUCGACAUGGCGCCAUUCGGUCAGGUUCUUCAGUCGAGUUGCUAAAGAACACCAUGGCCCUCUCACUCUUGCUACCGUGGGAUUCAGCAAUCAGCUUGAUGCAACAACAAACAGUGUUGCGAAGCAAAGUAAAUUUGAGAAGAAUGUGAAACUGACAAGGUCGCCUGUUGAUAAUCCAAGGAGUAGAGUGAAGCCGGUUGUUAAGGCGAGGACAUCAGCUGUUGAUAUAGAGCUCCAGGCAACAACAGACAGCGAUGGAAAGAGUAGAAAAGCUGAGAACUAUGUGAAAUUGACACGAUCUCCAGUUGACAAGCCAAAGAGUAAGGCCAAGCCGGUUAGUAAAGUGAGAGCAUCGGUUGAUGAUAUAGAGCUCGCUCCGUUUUCAGCGAAGUCAUUCUCCGAGCUUGGCCUGCCACCAUUGCUGAUAGAGAGAUUAGAGUCUGAAGGCUUCAAGGUUCCAACCGAUGUGCAAUCUGCUGCAAUUCCAACUAUCCUAAAAGACCAUGACGUUGUUAUACAGUCUUACACUGGGUCGGGCAAAACAUUGGCGUAUCUCCUUCCUAUACUAUCCAGAAUUGGACCACUGAAGGAUGCCAAUUCUUCUUCUCAUUCUAAAGACAAUGGUGGCGGCAAGAAGAGGAAUGACAUAGAAGCAGUGAUUGUGGCACCAUCUCGAGAGCUCGGAAUGCAAAUCGUGAGGGAGGUCGAGAACAUCUUGGGACCUGAAAACAAGAGAGCUGUUCAACAGCUCGUUGGUGGUGCAAACAGGUCCAGACAGGAAGAAGCUCUCAAGAAGAACAAGCCAGCAAUCGUAGUGGGGACGCCUGGGAGGAUAGCCGAGAUUAGCGCAGCUGGCAAGCUUCACACCCAUGGCUGUCGUUUCCUGAUCCUGGAUGAAGUCGACGAGCUCCUCUCAUUCAACUUUCGAGAAGCAAUGCGGAGGAUACUGGAUCACGUUGGAAGGAAAUCAGAGCGUCGCACUGUAUUGGUCUCUGCCACAGUGCCAUUUGCAGUGAUAAGAGCUGCCAGAAGUUGGUCGAAUGACCCAGUUCUGGUUCAAGCAAAGAAAGUAACCCCGCUGGAAUUGGUUUCUCCGUCUGGACCGGUUGAUUCAACACAGCCUGCAUCGGAUUCAAAUCCAGGACCGUCAGAAAGCUUGCCUCCAUCUCUGAAGCACUACUAUUCUGUGGUGAAGUUGCAGCACAAGGUGGAUGCUCUGAGGAGGUGUGUCCAUGCGAUGGACGCUAAGUGUGUGAUAGCCUUCAUGAACCACACUAAGCAGUUGAAGGACGUGGUGUACAAGCUGGAGGCGAGAGGGUUGAAUGCUGCGGAGUUGCAUGGAGAUCUUGGGAAGCUUGGGAGGUCCACGAUUAUGAAGAGGUUUAAAAAUGGAGAGUUGAGAGUGCUUGUGACGAAUGAGCUGUCGGCAAGGGGUUUGGAUGUACCCGAAUGUGAUCUCGUGGUUAAUCUGGACUUGCCUACCGACUCAGUCCACUAUGCUCAUCGUGCUGGCCGGACUGGGAGGCUAGGGAGGAAGGGGAUUGUGGUGAGUAUUUGUGAAGAGUCUCAGGUGUUUGUUGUGAGGAAGAUGGAGAAGCAGCUUGGUAUGGCGAUUCGUAGCUGCGAGUUUACGGAGGGGAAAUUUGUCACCGAUGGAGAAGAGAAAGAAGAGAGCACGAUGGAUGAUGCCAGUGGUUCUGAGAUGGUUCAGCAAGAAGCUUGUUCUCCAUGAAAUGGAAGCUGUAAUAACGUUGCAGUGCUCGU